AUGGUUGAUAAAAUAACUAUUCCAACAGCACAUGCUUCUAUUCUUUGGCUUAUUGGAGAAUAUUCAGAUCCCAUUAGUAAAUUAGCACCAGAUGAUUUAAGAAAAAUGACUAAAAUAUUUCCUAAAAUAAUUGUUAAAUAUCAACUUCUUAAUUUAGCUGCUAAACUUUAUCUUAUGAAUCCUAAACAAAUACAAUCACUUGUGUUUUAUGUAUUGAGUUUAGCUAAAUAUGAUACUAAUUAUGAUACACGUGAUAAAGCACGACUUCUUCGAACAUUAUUAUUUCAAUCAGAAAAAUGUCCAUCAUUAAGUAGAAAUGCGAAAAAGAUUUUAUUAGCACCUAAACCUGCAACAAUACUCGAAUCGAUUCUUCGAGGUCAUGAACAGUAUACAAUAGGUACAUUAUCAUAUGUUGUUGGUCAAAAAGCAGCAGGUUAUCAAGAUUUACCGGAUUUUCCACUUGAACCAUCAGAUCGAACUGUUCGAAAUGUUGAAAUUAUCCGUCCACCAACAUCACUACAUGAACAAUUAAGAAAAUUUUGUACAAAUGCUGGAAUAGAAGCAGGAGGAAAAAAGACAAAUCGUACAGAUGAAGAAGAAGAAUCCGAAGAAUCAAGUGACAAAGAGGAAAAAGAACCAGCGUCAAAACAAGUUUCAACAGUUGUGGAAUCAUUCCUUGGUGCAACUUCAACAUCAACACUAACUCUUCAACAAACAAACAAAAUAAAUAUAUUAGAUGAUUUAAAUAGUUUACAAUCAUCAGCUGUUAAUUAUUAUCAACAAUAUGAUCGUUUAAAUCGUAUAAAAGGUCAAGGUUUACAAAUUCAGUAUCGUUUUCCACGUACACCAUUCGGUGCAACAAUAAUAUCAUCAAUUUAUAUUGAUUUUAAUGAUAAAACUCAACCAGCUUUAUUUGACAUAUCAUUUGAUGGUAAACAAUUGUCAAUAUUAUGUCAUGUUGGUGAAUUAAUUGAACAAGAAUUUAAUCAAAAUUUAGCUCGUCUUCGUGGUAUAAACGAAAUAAUUGAUAGCGUUAAAUUAAGUGAAAUACCAAAACAAAAAAAACAAAUUAAAUUUUACAACAAUUUAAACUAA